GUCCACUCCCUUGUGACCCUCCCGCAACCGGCCUAUUCUAUGGAUAAUGGCGGCUACGUAGCGAACGACGCUCCCAUUCAUGCGGUGAGGGGACGAUGAUGCGCCUAGAGCGGAAGAGACCUGCAUCGCAACCCACUCUACACAUCACCCAACCAACGAACAGCCUUAUAACAUUAUCAUGGACUUCUUGAAGGGCAAGUCUUCCGGCAACGAGACGCAGGAGCGCCACAGUGGCGGUGGCGGCCUCAUGGACAAGGCCAACAACAGCCUCGGCGGCGGCCAGAAGGGCGAGCAGAACGAGGACGCCCUCGACAAGGGCGUCGACUUCGCCCAAGAGCGCAUGGGCCAGGGCCCGCAGAACGACGAGUCUGCCGUCGAGCAGGCGAAGGACGAGCAGAUUUCCGACGGCAUUCGUCGUGGGUUCAAGGGCGUCACUGGCAAGGAUGUCCCCAUCCAGGAUAAAUAGAUGGGAAGGAGAGAUGACCUGAAUGAUAGGUUAAGGACGCAUGGAACGCGGAACUGUACUAUCAUUUCUGUAUAACAAUGAACAGCACACAUCGCCCCAA